GUUUUUUGUGCUCUGUUUUAACAAUUAUUUAUUUUAAAACAUUUAAUGGAUUUCAGUUACCUUAAACCUCCUAAAUAAGCUAUGCAAAUAAAACAUGCAGGUAUAAUUGCUUUUAACAAGAUUAAUAUAUUAAAUAUGAAGUUGAAGGGAAAUUAAAAAGAAAUGUGUUUUAUAAUGUUGAAUUUGAAGAUAUUGAGGAAGAAAUGAUAUAAAAUUUAUAGAAUUUGAUAAAAAAGAGAAAAGUUUAACUACCAUAAGAUUGGGAUAAACAAACUGCAUUAAAAUUUUGUUAUUCUGCCAAUGAUGAUAUGGAAUUAGCUUUUUAAACAUUAAUAAAGUAUUUGAAAUGGAAAGAGGAUCCAGAUUACUAAAUUCUAACUUAAGCUGGAGAGGAAAUUUUAGUAAUUUAAUUAAUAGUAUUUUUAGAAAAAAGGAGUAAUCUUUAGUUUGGGAAGAGAUAAGCAAUUCAGACCAUUAAUAUUUAUAUAGGUUUCAAAAAUAAGUACAAAUAUUGUAAUAUAUUAUUAAUAAUAAUAAUAGGAAUAAUUACCACCAAUACUAAAUGCUAUGUGUGUGUUAUUAAAUUACAUAUAAAAGUUUAUGUUAGUACCUUAUUAUGUAGAAAAAUGGAGAAUAAUUGUAGAUCUGAAUGAUAUCAGUAUAUUUAGAUUACCACAUUAAGUAAAAAUGAAUACUAAUAAUUUUAAAGAUUAUAAAACAAAUAAUAGAUGUAACAUAAUCUAACUACACAGCAUCAUUGGAGUAAUUACAUCUAUUAAAUCCUCCUUUUUUUUUAGUAGCGGCAUGGAAGUUAGUAGAGAGUAAAAAAUAUAAAUAAUAUUAAAAUUAAAGGAUUGAUGCAACCAGAAACGGCAAAAAAGAUUCAAUUUUGUAAGGAUCCAAGCUAUUUAUAAGAAUACAUAAAUGAAGAUUAAUUAAUGUUAAAAUAUAAAGGAACAUUACCAAAUACAGUUAAUUUAUGGUAAUAGAUUAUUUAAAUAGUAGGCCAAUAAUAAAUACUUAUCGAGGUAUGGGAGAAAGUAUUCAUAGAAAUAUGAUUGAGAGUGGAAUUAAAUAAAUGGGUGAAAGUAUAUAAAAGAAUCACAUGGUAGAGAGUGCUUAUUUAAGCAUGUUUGAAUCUUAAUAUUAUACUAUAUUAACUUAGAAGGAAAUAGAAUUAAGUAAACCUUAAGUAAAAGGAUAAUGUUGUGCAUGCAACAUAAUGUGAU